UGACUCCCUCCUCACAGCAGGGAGACCUGCAUUGUUGUCAGUGUGGACCGUACCACCAGCGACAGAGAGCGGGGGUGUGUUGAUUGCUUCAGCCGUUGGACAGCUCCCCUCUUUCAUUCUGUCUGAUGAUGAACCUAGAGCUGCGGGCCAGGCCUUUAACAAAAGCUCGUCCAUUCCUGGCUGGUUCUGGAGGUCUGUGGGUCAAAGUUCGUCGCGGUGCCGCUUUUGUGGGUCCCCACGGUAGAGGAGCAGAGAGGAUAGCAUUCUGAGCCAUUGUUCUAUUGGCUUCUUCUGUAGGAGCAGCAUCUGGACUUGGCAUCUUCAACAAAAACACAGAGCCGAAGCGGAAACGACGCCGCUCUCAAAGGAAUCUGGAGCCGUUUUACUGUCCCUGUCUGGCCUGACAGUGAACAUCAGGUCCACACUGUGGAGGACUGUCCGCCAGCAUGUCACCUAAGAACACACACUCGACACCGCUGCUGCCGCUGCUGAUGCUACUGAGUAGCAUGUUUAGCAUCACCAAUGCUACAUCCACGGGAAACCGCAAAUGUGAGGACAGCUUGGCCACUCCUCUACCGUACAGCUCCUUCACCAGCUCCUCAGUGUUCGGUCGGGCAUAUGGAGCUGGUAAUGCAAAACUGAUGAGAAAACAAGGGGCCGGGGGCUGGUCACCUUUGGACACAGACCACUACCAGUGGUUGCAGGUGGACCUGGGUUCCAGGAAGCAGGUGGUUGCCAUAGCAACACAAGGUCGCUACGGUGGCCCCGACUGGGUCAGUAAAUACAGGCUGCUUUACAGUGACAGUCAGACGAACUGGAGGCCGUACCUACAGGAUGGAAAUAUCUGGACGUUUGAGGGGAACACGAACAGUGAGAGUGUAGUUCACCAUGAACUGCAGCAUCACAUCCUGGCUCGUUACAUCCGCCUCAUCCCAUUGGACUGGAGCAGGAAGGGAGGGAUUGGAGUUCGACUGGAGCUCUAUGGCUGCUCUUAUUGGGCGGACGUGAUCAGUUUUGACGGCCAAGGUGUCCUCUCCUACCGCUUCAGGAGCAAGAAGGUAAAGAUCUUGAAGGACUUCAUCGCUCUGAAGUUCAGGACCACGGCUAGAGACGCUGUCCUGUUACACGGGGAAGGACAGCAGGGAGACUACAUCCUGCUGGAGCUCCGCAGAGCCAGACUGGUGCUCAGCAUCAACUUAGGCAGUAACCAGUAUGGGUCCAUUCAGGGCCACACCUCUGUGACCAGUGGGAGUUUACUGGAUGAUGACCACUGGCACUCAGUGGUCAUCGAGCGUUUACGUCGGAAUGUAAAUUUUACACUGGAUCACCACACUCAGCGCUUCAGAACCAACGGAGAGUUCGACCACCUGGACCUGGACUAUGAGAUCAACUUUGGUGGAGUUGCUGUCUCAGCAAAGUACAGCUCAGGAGGCAGAGAGAACUUCAUUGGCUGCAUGGAGGGAAUCACCUACAACAGAGAAAACAUCACCAACCUGGUCCGCAGGAAGAAGGUCGACACCUCCAGCUUUCGUAACCUGACCUUCUCCUGCGCCGACUCCAACUCCUUCCCCAUCUUCUUCAACUCCUCGUCCUUCUUGCAGCUGCCGGGUCAGAGUGACAGUGACACUCUGUCUGUCAGUUUGUCAUUCAGAACCUGGAACCCAAAUGGGCUGCUGAUGUUCACGGCCCUGGCUGACGGCUGGGUGGAGGUGUCACUGAUGGAGGGCAAGGUCACCGUGUACAUGAAUGUGACACAGAGGAAGAACGCACGGAUUGGCAUCUCAUCAGGUUCAGGUCUAAAUGACGGCCAGUGGCACAGCGUCCACCUGAACGCCCUGGAAAACUAUGCUAUGCUGACAGUUGACGGAGAUGAAGCCUCUACGGUCAGAACAGCCAUUCCCAUGCAAAUCCAGACCGGAGGAGUCUACUACUUUGGAGGCUACUUCCUGCACAUGAACACUAGGCCACCUCCACGCUCCUUCCAGGGCUGUAUGCAGAUGAUCCACAUAGACGACCACCUGGCUGACCUCAGGGCUGUGGAGCAGGGCCAAAUGGGAACCUUUGAAAAUGUCAGCCUGGAUAUGUGUGCCAUUAUUGACAGAUGUGUUCCCAACCACUGUGAGCACGGGGGCCGCUGCACGCAGACGUGGGACACAUUCAGCUGCAACUGUAAUGGCACAGGAUAUACUGGAGCCACCUGCCACACAUCGUUGUAUGAACAGUCCUGCGAGGCGUACAAGCACCAGGNNNCCGGGACCUACUUGAUAGAUCCAGAUGGCAGUGGCUCUAUAGCCCCCUUCAGGGUCACCUGUGACAUGACAGAGGAGGCGGUCUGGACGACAGUGAUGAACAAUGUCUCUCCUCAGACUGCAGUCACUGGUGCAGACAAGGAAGGGAAGGCGGUGUUGAAGAUCUCUUACAACGUGACAGAUCAACAGGUCGCUAUGGUCACUGGAGAUGCAGAGUACUGUGAACAGUACGUAGCCUACGCCUGCCGGAUGUCCCGUCUGCUCAACACUCCAGACAAAGUCCCAUUCACCUGGUGGAUAGGAAGAGCCAAUGAGAGACAUUCUUACUGGGGCGGCUCUGGACCCGGGAUACAAAAGUGUUCCUGUGGCAUCAAACACAACUGCACGGACCCCAAACACUACUGCAACUGUGACGCUGACCUGCGCUCCUGGAGGGAAGACGCCGGCCUAUUGGCCUACAAAGACCAUCUGCCAGUCAGUCAGGUCGUGGUUGGUGACACAAGCAGAGCUGGAUCUGAGGCCAAACUGACUGUGGGGCCGCUCAGAUGUCAUGGGGACAGGAACUACUGGAACGCAGCGUCCUUCGCCAGCCCCUCCUCCUUCCUCUACUUCCCCUCCUUCAGAGAUGAAACCAGCACUGACAUCUCCUUCUACUUCAAGACUUCCUCCACUCACGGGGUCUUUCUGGAGAACAUGGGAACCACCAGCCUCCUUCACAUAGAAAUCAGAGAGGGAACCACGAUCCUCUUCUCUUUCGGUGUUGGAAAUGAAAGGGUGGAGUUAAGUGUGCGUUCACCAGUGCCUCUGAACAACGACCAGUGGCAUCGUGUGGAGGUUGAGAAAAACGUGAAGGAGGUGGUGUUACAGCUGAAUGAACAGUACAGAGAGGUCAGAGCUGCACCUCUGCAGGGACACACCAAACAUGAGUUCUACAGCGAGCUGUAUGUUGGUGCCUCCAGGGGUCAGAAGGGAUUCCUAGGGUGCAUGCGCGCACUGAGGAUAAACGGCGUGACUCUCGACCUGGAGGAGAAGGCAAGGGGAACUCUGGGGGUGAGUCCAGGCUGCCAGGGCUACUGCAGCAGCUACGCGAUGCACUGUAGCAACGGAGGGAAGUGUAUGGAGCAGUACAAUGGAUACUCAUGUGACUGCUCCCUCACUGCGUACGACGGACCUUACUGCACUGAUGAUGUGGGCGGAUACUUUGAGACGGGGACUUUGGUGCGAUACGACUUUGUGUUGCAGAGUGAAGCCCCUUCGACGCAGGAUGGAAAGACCCUGUCACAGGUCUGGGUUCCCAUUGAGACCAACAUGACCCAGGAGGAGCUGGUGUUUAGCUUUAGCACCUCCAGCACUCCCAGCAUCCUGAUCUACAUCAGCUCCAGGACUCAGGACUACCUGGCAGUGGUCCUCAGGCACAAUGGCACUCUUCAGAUCCGCUACAGCCUGGGGGGACUGACAGAACCUCACACCAUUGAUGUGGACCAUCCAAAUAUGGCCAACGGACAGCCACACAGCGUCAACAUAACAAGGAACCAAAGACAAAUACGACUGCAGCUGGAUCACUAUCCAGUUUAUACAUACAGUCUACCUGAGACUUCAGACGUCCACUUCAACUUGGUCAAAAGCAUCUUUCUUGGGAAGGUCUUUGAGACUGGACAGAUCGACCCCGUCCUCAUAGAGCGCUACAACACUCCAGGCUUCGUCGGCUGUCUGUCCAGAGUCCAGUUCAACAAAGUGGCACCUCUGAAAGCUGCACUGCGCUCAGGUCAGGCGGCACCCGUCGGCACACAUGGGAUUCUGGUCCCGUCCAAUUGCGGAGCCACACCCCUGACUAUCUCCCCCAUGGCCUCAAUCAGUGACCCCUGGCAAAUAGAAGCAGGAGGUCUUGCCCCCCUCAGUGAGGAACAAGCCACCAUUAGUGGAGUGGAUCGCAACUUUGCUGUGAUUGGAGGUAUUAUCUCCGUGGUGCUCCUAAUCCUGCUGUGCAUCAUGGUGUUCGUCAUCCGCCAUGUGUUCCGUCACAAAGGCUCCUACCACACCAACGAAGCCAAGGGGGCGGAGUCAGCGGACUGUGCUGAUGCAGCCAUCAUCGUCAACGACCCGGCGUUCACCGAAACCAUAGAGGAAAGCAAGAAAGAGUGGUUCAUUUGAGGCCUUUCUCACCUCCGCAGACACAUGACGUCAGGAUGUAUGUAGUUUUUUAAGCAUAGGGACAAAUAGUUGGGUAGAGUUGCCUCCCUUGGGACGCUUGUUUGAAGAACUUUCUGGACUUUGAAUGCUAUGGCACAACAGGGGCUGUAACAGGUAGAGAACUGCCCUGCACGGCCCACAGGCAGAGUGGUUUGACUAGUAUUUACACUGGGAGAAGACGGUGCCGUGAAGGUACAGGUCAGUAAAGAGUGAAUGUGUUCAUCGCUGUCGUUUGUUGUUGUGUUUUUAUGUAUAUGUUAUUUAUUUGGAAUGUAUUUAUUAUUUUAUUUAAAAAUUGAAAUGCACACAUUUCUGGAUUUAUAUGUUAAUAUCUGUUGACAUUUGUGCGCUGUGCUGAAAUUCAAGACUAAUUUCUCCAUUAUUUUGGCUGUCCACCUGUCUCUCCUACAGACAUGGUAUAAAAAUGAAUGCGGUCUGAAGUCUUUACUAAGACCUUAACGUUCACAACGUGAUCAGUGUUAUAGUCAAUAAACAACAAAACCGUAUAUAGAUUAUUAUUCAUAUCAUUCUCUGCACAUUUUUUUUUAUCAAAGAAUAUUUUACAUUUGCAAUUCAGACCACUAACCUUACAAAUGGGUCUAAUGUUCAUAGUGCAAAGAUUAGAUUAUUUUUAUGGAAUAAAUAAAACAUUUUCUUUUUUUAAUUCAACAAAUUAAAUACAAGGAUAUUUGGAAUUAUUUCCUCAUCUAUUAAAAUUCACCGAAUAUCCACGACCUGUUACCAGAACAGAAACAUUUUAAGGUGCUGAGCGUUUUACUGCAAUAUCUGCAUAUUAUGAACCUGCUAGAAAUAAAAAUAACAUGUCAAGUUGCUGUAUGUGAGUGGAGGCCCAAACAUGAGCCCACUCACAAUGGCAUGGUUUCAUGGUUUACAUUUGAUUUUCUGUAUGUACCAGGGUAAGUCAUAAAGUUCCAAGACAGAUGUAAUUCAUAAAGGUGCCUGAUUUUGUCAAUGUAAACAUGUGGUGACAUGUUUUUAUUAUCAUCUUUGUCAAAUGUUGAGCUUUGUUUUUUUAUAUCACAUCCUGUCUAGCCAUUCCAACAUCUCAGUAUGAAUUGCUGGUAUUUUACAGUUCUCUGUUGAAAGGACUCUUGUUUUUUUAGUUUUGAAGGUGUCAUGGAAGGACACUGGCUGAUAGGAAACGUUUGUCAACAUUCAGAAACCGAUGUCUGAGGAAUACAUUUACCUCCUUUAUUGAUUUUUGUUUUGUAUUUUCUGAUCAGAAAGAAGUUUGCUCCAUCAUAUAAAUGUAAGACCAAACAUCCUGACAAUAGAUUGUACUGCAUUGUACUGUGCUCCUCUGACUGCACUGCUUUGUACUGGCAUGCUGUUUCACUCUUGUAUGCAGACAUUUCUUUGUGAUGAAACCACUCAAGUAUUACAUCACAUUUUUUCAUGUUCUCUGUAUAAAAGCUUAUCCUAAGUGUUGUUUCAUUUGAUUUGAUUUUUUAUUCUCACUGCUUUCACAAUUGCCUUGGAUUUAAAAAAAAAAUUAAAAUAUGAGACUGCACAUAUUUAGUUCUUUGUUUACAUUCUACGUCAUCGUGUGCCGGGCGUCGAUUGGCUGUAAAGAGGCACUUGAGAUGAUCCAGAACAUAUGAGCAGGAUCCGUUAUUGUACAUUACGGGUGUGUUUGAUUCAUUGACCGUAGCUGGAGGUAAGAUUAUUGCAUACAUAACAAAGUUAUAUUCAAAUUAGUGUAAGCUUUUAAGGUCGCAACAAAUAUGACGGUGAAAUUGCGCACCGGCAACCACAUUCAGAUGCUGGUGCGACGUACCUUCAAAAUAAAAGCAUGAAACACGGUGAAGCAAAAUUACAUUUAAAAGACUAACUAGCCCGUCCGGAAAUUGUGGGUGUUCGCGUGUAGAAAUAUGUUGAGAUUUAUAAAUAUGACCUGUGUCUG